GAACGCGUCCGUCGCAGCUAAAUGACGUCAAAAAGGCACGCCGACAUGCUUAAACUUAGCUAGAAGUUGUUCAGCUUGAUUUGAGCUUGAUUUAAAUGCUUUAAUAGUCGCAAUUCAUCUAACUACUUAGUGGAAAGUGUGUAUUUAUGAUGGUUGGUUCGGUACUAGUGACGUUAAGUCGUUUAUUACCUUAUUAGUUCUUCGUUGUCGAUAUUUUUAUUUUUAAUUUGCUGAUGGAAGGUGACAACAUUGUGAAGAAAGAGGACACGAAUAUUGACACAGAGGACAACAAAGAGGGUAUUCAAAGUUUGUCCAAAAGGCAGCAGAAGAAGCUUCUGAAGCAGCAGAAAUGGGAGGACGAGAGGGAGCUGAGAAAAGAGAAGCGUAAAAAAAGGAAGGAUCAGCGUCGCCAACAGAGACAAACACAACUUCAUCAGGAGGACAACAACAGUGAAGACCACAGGGCCAGGAAACGACCUCGCAGAGAUGUCACUCCGAGCUCGCUGAGGCUGGUCGUGGACUGCAGUUUUGAUGACCUUAUGCUAAUUAAGGAUGUCCACAAGCUUCACAAACAGAUUCAGAGGUGCUAUGCGGAGAACCGACGAGCCUUAUGUCCAGUCCAGUUUUAUCUAACGAGCCUCGGAGGACAGCUCAAGCAGAGCAUGGACGAAAAGGACAAAGGCUGGAUCAACUGGAAGGACAUUACCAUUAAAUCUGAACACUAUAGCGACGUUGUAGCAAAGGAAGAACUGGUCUACCUGACGUCGGACUCCCCCAACGUCCUAACCGAGCUGGACCCCACAAAGGCCUAUGUUAUUGGUGGACUAGUGGACCACAACCAUCAUAAGGGCAUCACUUUUGAGAGGGCCAAGGUACAAGGUAUCAAUCACGCCCAGCUCCCUUUGAGCAACUUCGUCCAGAUGAAGAGUCGGAAAGUUCUAGCAGUAAACCACGUUUUUGAGAUUAUCCUGGCAUUUUUGGAGAAAGGCAGCUGGGCGGAGGCCUUCUUCUCUGUGUUACCUCCUAGAAAAGGAGCAACCGCCUUCGAGCAGAAAGGAGAAGAAGAAGGAGAAAGAGCCAAUCAGGAAGAAGAACAAGAUGGCGAAUCUGACAAUGAAAUAUAAAAUAUGAGUUGCUAUUUAAUUAGUCUUUCUACUUUAGUUUGACUCUUUUAUUUUAAUGUAAUUACAUUUCAUUUCUAAUUUCAUUUUUGAUUACUUUCUUGGGCAAAACUAACUCUUGUGCUUUCUUUUAUACUUUGGUUUGGAGCCGAAUCUGAUUCAUUUAAAAUAAAAUUGAAUGGAAUGAA